UCGUUUCGCCUCGAAAGCCCCUUCGUACACUCCCGCAAGCUUCCUCCACUACCGCCAUCACCACCGCUACCACCACCACUAGCAUCACUGCCCGCCGCCACCCGCCAUCAUCAACAGGACCACUGCGCCCCCUUCGUUCGAAAGUCUAUCAACGGCGGCGGCAGCCAGCCAGCCAGGCAGCACCAGCGCGCUUUUCGCCUCGUCGUGCUGUUCACACGUACACCGAGGUACCGCACAGUUAACCGCCCGAAACUCUAUUUUUACUCGUCUCUUACUACGGUGGCUUCUUCUACUACUACUGCUGGUGCUAUUGUCGCUGCUGCUGUUGCUGCUGCUGCUGCUGCUGCUGCUGGUGUUACAAGUUCGAUGGAUCGUUACCAUCAUCAACAAGCGUUCGGUUUCCAAUGAGACCACGAAGAACGUGGCCAACUAGGCGCGAGAAGUGACUGCCAUCCGAAGACGCUUGGCAAGACCCAAUCGAAUCUAACCUGAGGUCUACCCGAAGCUACAAACGACCGCGAAUAGAGAGUGUUGGAACUUGAAUGACCCCGAAGCAGUAUAGCAGAUCAGGUGGAUGGUGAUGGAUCAGCCUUGGUCCAACUCAGAGCCAAGACGCCUACGAACCAAGUCUCAUCAAUUCCAAUGACGGCCUUUGUCCAACCAUAAUGGGAUUAAAGACCGUGGCGCCUCGAUUUCAUUCGAUGAAAAACGUUGAUAAAGGAACAUGGACACUGAGGACAGCAUAAAGGAACUGAGGUAUGUGCAAGGAUUUUGAAGGAUAGGAAUCCUGGGAGUUUCAGGCUGGGCCAAUCAGUAGGGGUUGCUUCGAGGAAGAACCAAGUGUUGAAGGAAGAAAUCGUUAUUAUAGUGGAAGGGAAGUGGAUUGUUUGGCUGUCGUCGGGAUUCAAAUAUUGAGGGAACGUCAGUUGAGGCCCUACGCGCUGCUGCGUUGCACUACAUGGACGAAUUGGGAAUCCAUAAACGCGGGAGCUUCGUAUGAUCGUAGAUAGAUAGUGUGGCCUUUCUCCGGUGUUUGUGAGCCUCAGUGCGAGUGUGGAUAGGUGUCUCGCUGUCUCUUUUUCUGUUCAAUGUGUCUGUGCUAGUGCGUGAAGCGUAGCGCGAGCAGUUGAAGGGCGAGUGUUUCUGCGGAGGGUGAAAAUGGCACAUGAGCGACACAGUGGAAGGCGGGAAAUGAAGGAAGCAUGCGCAAGUCCGGACAUUUAACGGUAACGUCGAACGGGCUGUAGAGUAGGAAAAACGCAAGAAUAAGCGCCCUCGCUCUCACUCUCCUCCCCCCCCCUCCCCCUAUUUCCAUCUCUUUCUCUGUCUUUACCUUUCUGUUUUUCCUUAGUGUGUGUUCCCAUAAGUAGCAGAGGGUUAUUUGACGUAUAAGGGUGCAGGACGGUGUGUAGGGGGCGGGUGGGGGUGUUGGUGAGUCAGGAGGGUGAAUCGCGUUCGGUGGCUCUUCGUGGUGUGUAUUUUUUAGCGUCAGUGGUUGUGCAACGUGUGGAUAUAAGCUGAGGGGGUGCAGAGAGCAUGCGGGCUUCGGGCGAGGCCCGGCGAGGUCGCCUCGGAGGACCAGGCUAAGGAUCUUGAACGGUCUCUCACCACCUCUCCCACCUGCACCACCUGCUAAUCCUGCUCCAUAAUCAUCCUCGGGGAAAACUUCUUGGCACGUUUACGUGCGAACGUAAAGCGAGCCAGACUCGCUUACAAUCGCAUGGAUCAUGAUAGAGAUGUCGAGUGGAAUCGGUGCAACUGCAAUGGGAAUCGGCGUUAGUCACGGAGCCGAAAGUAACGAAGGUGGUGGCUGUAGACUGAGACAGAGUAUGACUCAGGCUUCUAGCACGUCUCAACCGUCUCAACACACUGGCAAUACUCAAACGCAACAGCAGACUUCGCAACAGCUUCAACAGGCCUCUCAACAGGAACAACAGCAACAACAACGACAAUCCGGCAUGGGUCUUGCUGGUCGUUCUAAGAAGGACAACUGUUGCCUCUGCUGGUGCUGUUGUUGCAGUUGCUCGUGCAGGAAUAAAUGUUUGGCAGGAGUGGGUAGCGGAAACGGUGGUGGAACGGGAACCGGAAGUGAACAGGGAAGUCGCAAGGGCGGCGAUGCCGGUGGCGGUGGUGGUUUAACCGGUGAUCUGUUGACCGAUAGUGCGGGUAACGGCCUCGACGGUCUUGACGGUCUCGACGUCGCUAUAGAGUGUUGCAACCUCGAGGAGGUCAGGGCCUGGGGUACCUCGUUCGAUCAACUCAUGAGAUCACCGGCUGGCAGAAAGCUCUUUCGUGAAUUUCUCGUACGCGAAUGGAGCGCCGAAAACAUUGCAUUUUGGCUUGCUUGCGAGCAGCUUAAGCACGAAAGCGAUCCCGAAAAAAUCGAGGAGAAUGCUCGAUUCAUCUACGAGAACUACAUAUCGAUACUAUCCCCAAAAGAAGUGUCGCUGGAUUCCCGAGUACGUGAGAUCGUGAACAGGAACAUGGUGGAGCCAACGCCUCACACGUUCGACGAGGCGCAAUUGCAGAUUUACACGUUGAUGCAUCGCGACUCCUACCCUCGAUUCGUGAACAGCGAGCUUUAUCGUAAGGUAGCGAGGUUGAGUAGCGAUCCACCGAGUCCGACGAACGAUGAUCAACAGCAGCAACAGUUGGAGCAGCCGAACACAGUGUCAACGGGAAAAACUAAAUCGAAGAGAUCGACCACGAAAUCGUUAAGUUAAAGAACCUCAAAAAUAGCGAGUGGCCGUCGUUUCUUUCAGGGCGCAAAAAUCCAAAUACUACGUUAUAUUUAUUUAUUUUGCUUUUCUUCUUGUACGAAAACGAGGUCGCGAAGUGAACAAGUGUUAUUUUAUAACGGGAGUAUGCGAGACACACUAAAAAAGACAAUCUACGAAGCCGUUGAAUAGAGCAAAAGAAGUAAAUGCAAUGCAGAUUCACGAAAGCAAUGGUGGUGAAAAGACCAGACGAAAGCACAACAAAAAUAACAAAAUAAACCGAAUUAAUGUCGUCUUGAACGCAUGCGUGGUGUAAGAAGAAACGCGGCGUAGUCGAUGCUCGAGCGUCAAACUUCUCUACAUUAUCGGCUGAUGUGAGACUCGAAGGAUUGAGCGGUUCAAUCGAAAGACAUGAGAUGGUGUGCCAUGAUCGCGCCAAACCCGCGAAACUAUUGUUCAUUUCUCGCCAUGGUACGCAUUCCGUUCCAACGACGCAAUCAAAGUCAGCACGGGGCCAGAACGCGCUUUGUUAAAAGCGAUUUAACAGAAACCAGAAGAAAACAUGACACCUAGAUAUUGAAAAAAAAACGUACAAGAAGCUGCGAAAGGAGCACAAAAAGAAUCACGAACGAGGAGCUAGAAAUAUAAUUGUCAUCGGAUUUAUAAUUAUUUCGCACAGUCGCAAAAAAUGCGUGAAUAUCAAAGGAGACACGACGAAGCGUGAUGACAAGAAAAUCAAUAAAAAUAGGCAGAAAUAAUAAAACGCAAGCUCUACGACGCGGCACAGUUGAAACUACAGUAGAGCGGUGAAUGUCCGAGGGGAAUCCCAUUUUAAUUAAUAAAAAAGCCAACAAUGGCAUGAAGGAACACGCACGAGUUUCUUCUUUUAAAAUAAAAUAGGAAGGACUUUGACGUAUCGAUCGUUCAAAAAGUUACAAAUACUCGCCCAUUUAUUCGCACAAUUAGUGCGACACCUCGCUCGAUAAAGUAGUAAUCCAAUUAUCUCGCGAGUAGUAAUAGUGCGAGACAGAAUAUUUUUUUCCUCCACCGGGGGGAUGGUCGUCCAUCGUACUUGAAUUUUUAUGGACCCCUUGACUGAGAAAGAGAAAAAAACGAGCUCAAAAGUAUGUUCCAAGGCUCUCAACAAGAACAAACGAUUAUUACGUUCCAUCGCUCUUUUUUAUCACUCUCGCAUGCAUAUGUAUAUUCAUUCUCAUUAUUAUUAUUCGAAUCGAACGGGAGGUUGUUUUUUUAAACUUUUUUGUUUUCUUUUCGUUCGCUUCAUCGGUGCAUCAGCGUGACCAACGAACCGUGUCUAGGAAUUGAGCUCACGGAACCGGAAGACGGAUGAUGGAAGCGACUACGUUUUUUUUUUCAAAUUUUCACCUCGCUGCAUUUUAGUUUUCAUUCCGUUUUUGUUCUUUCAUUUUUCAUAUACUUUUUUCUAUUCUCUCCUCAUUCAUCACACACGGUAUCCAGCACCAACGAAAGAACUUUCUAUGCAACAAUACAUAUAUAUUUGUUUAUAUCCCAGUGAAAGAAAUAUACAAAUGAAUAAUAUAUUAAUUUACAUCGCGUCAAAUAUUACAUAUAUUGAUAAAUAAAUAUUGCAUUUGUACGAAUUUCUGAAAUAUUCUGAAAAAGUGUAACGGAUACGUUUUUCGAUUAAGUUAGAUCCGUAAGACUUUUUGGGUUUUUUUUGACCCUUCAAAAACCGAUACUGAAACCGAACUCUGAAAUGAUCUCGUUCUCGACCAAUUUUUUAUUGAUAUCUGAAAUCCCUCGAUUUCAUUCUUCAGGGAAAGAAAUUAACUCACUUACAGGUUUCGCUUUUUUACUCGUUUUGAGAUUAUAAAUUAAUGAAAUAACAGUAUAUUAUAUAUAAUGCGACGACGCAUCAUGCUCUGGGUGAGAUCCAGCAGAAGGAACAAGGGCUGAUCCACCCUUCUGAACUGAAUAAUUCUCUUAGCGAUUAAAAAUUAAUAAAAUUUAAAAAAACCAAACAAACAAAUUGAACUUAAAAAAUUUUUGAAAAGGCCUAAGAGUCUCGAAAUGAUUUUGAGAGGAUCCUCGAAUUCGCGUACUCAUUUUAUUUAGCCCGUGGUCAAAAGGGUUACGCGGUCAAAUUCGAAUAGUGUUUGUUUCAUUUUCAAUGUCAAGCAUUGCAAAUAAUUAUUAUUGAUUCAUAUAUUUAUUUGAAUAAAUAUGUGGAAAAAGAUGGGCAAAUUAUUAUUAGUUGAUAAAUAUAAACGCGUUGAAAUGAAUGAAUUUGAUUAAUUAUUUAUCAUUGUUUAGAGUUGGAAAAAAAGUAACGGACGAAUUGUCUCGAAAUGACUUUUCUUUCGUCGCUCGAUGAUUAAUGUUUCCCCGUAAUGAAUUCAAUCGUAUCGCAACUUCGUUGUUCCAAUAAAUGCCCAUCUGUGAUACGAGUUACCAAUCGGGAAUCAAUCGACCCAAUAUAUUUAAAAAAAAUUUACUUCACGAUUAAAAAAAAACCUUCGAGGUGGAAUGUUAUGUCGAAAUAUUUUGAGAUUGUGAGCAUUCGAUUGGUGGAUUGAGAGAGGCUGUUGAGUGCUUAGAAACGAGCAAAAUUGAGGAGAAAGAAACGAUGAAUAAAGUGAGCGAUCCAAAAAUGAGGCAGAAUAAUAUUAAUAAGAAUUGCCUGGGAUUUUACAAAGAUUCGACAUAGGCGUGCAGGGUACGAAUCGCUGGAGCGUUCCACGAUACUACGACCCUUGAGCUCUUUUGUCACGGGGAAGAAUCCAAAAAUGCAAAAAAAAAAGCGUCACGAAAUUAUUUUCGAUAAGUCAGUCACGGUUGGGAGAAAAAUCCUACACGUCGAUACUUUACCGGCCAAAAGUGACAAACGGAUUCUCAUGGUUGACAAGAGAAAGAGAGAGCAGAGAGAGAGAGAGAGAGAGAGAGUCGGAAAAUAGGCGAAUGGAAAAUGAGGAGCAAAAUUGUUUGAAAAUGUGGGAAUCGAUACACUGCGGAAACAGCUCCUGCUACGACCUUUUUGAAAAGGAACAGUGAAUUCAGAAAUUGAACGAAACUUAUACGGACUUGAAAAUUCCGUAAAGCGAAUGAUAUGAGAAUUAGAAAGGAAAAAAGAAUGAUCAAGGGCAAAGGAAAUAAUGAGAUGAGAAAUGAAAAGUCGAGCGCAAAUGGGAGAAUAUCGGAUCGAUAGCCACGAUUGCAUUUUUCGUUCAUUUGAAUAAACCAAAGAAACCAAAAACCGAUGAAUAAGAAGAGAAAAAACAAAACAAAAAUACUAACCCUACGUCCUCGUUGAAUAAACGCACAAUUUUUCUCAACCUUCGACCCUAUCGCUUCUUUAAUUAUUUAUUCACCUCAUGCAUUCUCAUAUACGUGCGGUUUCGAAUACACAAACAAAUCUAAAACGUAUGUUUAUAAACUUGAAACUUUUUCGUUGCAAAUUUUCGCAACAAAAUGAAUCGCAAUUGUUUCUACGUACACCCUAAAGCGAAAGAUCCUUGAGGAAAGAAAAAAGAUUAUUCCUACCAGUUGAAGAGGUCCAAUUCUAAGAUUUUCUACAAGAAUCUUUAUUUUUGAAAAAAAUCUAUCAAAAGUGUGACCCUCGCAGUGAAUGCGCAUACCCUUCAAUUUUUAAAAAGUCCAUUCCAUCACGUGAAAGUGCCCAUUUUGUGGAGUGCAGUCAAUUCUACAGUAACAAUUUUUUUGAUCAUUCACUUUCCGACAAAAAGCUUUCACCAUGCAAAUUAGUGGCAAAUUCGAAGAUUUUUUGUUCAUAAGUUCUCAUGAAAAUGGGCGGUCGGCACUAAAUCUAAGUCUAUGCUAAUAAAAUAAAAGAAUCGGCAUUCCCGUCGCAAGGUAAGUGUCUAUCCAUUUUGAUUGUUCCUCUGUUUGUCACAUUCGUUGUACCCUGGCCACACACUUGACAUUUGAACACAAAUUUCCACCUCCUUGUCUCCGAAGGGCACUCGACUUUUCGACUCAAAGCUCAAAGAAGCUUCUCUUUUCAACAGAGUGUCUCGAACAAAAAAUGCAAUUGCAGACGACAAAAACGAGGGGAAAAACCACAAGGCUGAUAAUAUUUCCUACAAAUAGCCUCCGACUAAAAUGUAAAGCCUAUAGAAACAUUCGUUCCAAACUUCCUCACUCCAUUAAAAAACAAAAUCAUCAAGAGAGAAAAAAAAUGUAUCGCACGUAUUGUAACGCAAUAUCAUCAAUCGGAACAAAAACAAAUUCCGUUAAACAAGAUAAGCCAUCAAUUAAUUUUAUAUAAUCAGUGGACAUUGCUCGAUCGGACAUUCGAAUUUAAUAUAUGAGUAAUUUUAAUAGUAAUCGAUAAAACAAAUAAUACUAAAUAAAAAUAAACGAUAAACACUACUUAUCGUAUUAUGAAUAUGGAUAGUCGAAAAAAAUAAAAUAAAAAACAAAAUAUGCUGUACACAGUAUUUGAAAUAAUGUGACAGCCAGAAUUUGUAUAUGUAUAUGUGGAAGUUGUAUAUGCAUAUAUGAAUUUGUUGUUGCGUGCACGCUCUUGUAUACAUACAUAUAUAUAUAUAUAUAUAUAUAUAUUGAUAAUAGAAUUAUUGUAUAAUUCAAAAUCGUAUCCUAUAUCAUUGAUGUAGGUGGUAUACGGGUAAGUGGGCCAUGAAGAAGCGCCUACACUUUGUUCCAGUGAGAAUAGCGUAAAUAACGAACAAUUAAAUAAAUUCAAAUAAGAAAAAAGAGGAGAGAAAAUAUGGGGCAAAAUGAUGAUAGGAUGUCGAACGACGUUCCAUUGCGAAAGACGUUUACACGCAAAAAUUAUUGUUAAAUUGUUAAAAAUUUGUUCUUAAUUAGUUAAUAAUCGUUUUUCUUUCGCUAGUUCAUUAAUCUGAUAUACGUUUCCCAAUUUUUAUUUCUUACGUUUAUGUUACAGCUAAUUGACCCAUGCAUUAAAAAUUAUCGUAUAAGUAAUAAAUGAAUUGAAAAGAAAAUGAAAAAAAGCAAACGGUGCGUACGCUGCAGGAAUUGAUACAAUCGAUUUAAAUGGAUGACGUGUACAGUAGAAUAAUCGAAUAUUUGUAAAUAUUCAUAAUUUUUCGAAUGUAAAAUGAAAUUGCUUCGAAAAAUUACUGAUAUUACAGAUUCAUAUAUAAAUGUGUGUAUAUAAAUAUCUAUAUUCGAGGAUGAUAAGAACAUGGGGUUUCUUAUAUUAUUUGACCCUUCGAGAUCGUUUUUUUAAGAAAAUUUUGAUUUUUUCUAUACCAAUCGAUUUUUUCCCCUGAAAUACUACCAGGCAAGCAUUUCGUUGAACAAUACAAUUAUCAUAAAUUUUGUUCUCUACCAACUCCAAAUUAUGUGAAAUAUUCAUAUUAUUUAUAUAUACGAAUAAAUAAUAUACGAUACAUAUGAGUAUAAAUAUUAUAAAUAAUAUUAGUAUUGUGUAAUUAAGUAAACCAAUAAGAUGACUCGAUUUUCAAUCAUAACGCUACUCUUGCUGGCAUUCAUCUCAUCAGGGAUGACGUAAGAUAGAUGAAAAACGAUCGAUGCGACGGUCGGUAUUCGUCUCGAUACAAUGGAGCAGAACAAAUGCGAAAUAGAAAAAAAAAACAUUAAAAACAACGGGAACACCUAAAUCUAAUUUUAGUAAGCAUUAGCAAAGGGGGUGAAUGACGUUCUACGGUGAAAUGAAGCGUAAAUCGGUUAUUCGUUGUUGAUAAAUAUAAUUAAAUUUGAAUAAUUGUACGAAAUGAUCGAUCGACUAAUGAAUUUCUUUUUGUAAGUAUAUAUGUAAGGGGUAUUAGAAUAAAUCGAAUUUACGAGAGAGCACAACCGAAAAAAGCGACGUUUCAAAAGGAACGUAGACAUUUAAUGAAUAAACAAAUUAUACAUAGAUAUAUAUGGGGCAUUUCAGGCCAAAUCGACCACUUUUGAAUCCGACCCCUUUCGAUUUCGCGGAAACAUUUGAUCUUUUUCUACUCUACUAGAGAAAUUUUUCAGAAUUUAUUCAAAUUUUUUUUCCCGACCCAAAAAUAGUUGUGAAUUUAAAAAAAAAAUGGCAUUGUUUUUGUUCAAAGUGACAUAACGCUUUCGAAAAUUGACUUAUCGGGACGUUUUUUUUUUAAGUUUUAGCUUUGAAUCAACUUUUCAGAAAAAAAUAUCAGAAAGUCAUAAAAAUCCGUGUUCAACGUUUUUUUUUUGAUAAUUUAGCUAAAAAACGGAAUUUCGGGAUUUCCUGUUUUCUUUUCUCCAUAAGAAACUUUUACAUUUUCUACGAAUUCUCUGAAAUGUUCAAAGUGGAAUCUUUUCGCUUUUUAUUCUUUUGAAAAUCACCACUUUGAAAAUCUUCUACGAUGUACCGAGGAUCUUAAAAGUUAAAAAACAGUGAUAAUUAUACAAAUUAAAAUCGGCAAUCAUUGGAAAAAUUUCGAGUUAAAAAGAAAAAUCAUAAAAAAUUUAAGACAGCUCUUAAUAUCUUUUGUAUUUUGCUAAAUUACAUUUGAAAAUAAAAUAAAAAGAAAUAAAAUUUAUGAUUUGACCAAUUUCUGGUCAAACUAUAAGCUUUCAAAAUUUUAGGAGUAGGUUAAUCGUGAUAAAAUUCAUUUACAUUUUUCCCUGUUACACUCCACGCUUUUUUCUUUUAUAUCAUAGAUCCUGUAGUUAAAAUUAUUCAAUCCCGAAAUUUUUCCAGUGAUUACCGGUUUCAAUUUUUAUAACAAUCAUUAUUUUUCAACUUUUAAGGUUCUCGGUACAUCCUAGAAAGAAUAAAAAGCGAAAAGAUCCCACUUUGAAAAUUUCAAGGAACUCGUGGAAAAUGUCAAAGUAUCGUAUGGAGAAAAGAAAAAAAAUCCAAAAAAGGCAAUCAUUCCAAAAUUUCCGUUUUUUAUCUUAAAUCUGAAAAAAAACGUCCCGAUAAUUCAAUCUUCGAAAGCCACUUUGAACAAAAAUAAUGCAAUUUUUUGAAAAAUUCAUAAAUAUUUUUGGGUCAGGAAAACAAAUUUGAAAAAAAUCUGAAAAAAUUCUCUGGUAGAGUAGAAAAAGAUAAAAAAGAUUCUCCGAAAUCGAAAGGUGUCGGGGGUUCAAAAGUGGUCGACUUGGCCUGGAAUGCCCCAUAUGUAUGCGAAAAAAAGUCCCAUCGACGUUUAUAUUUAUUUAUAAUAAAGUUUUUCACGAAUAUUCGCACAAUCUUUGGCACGAUAAGAUCACCAUGAUUCGAUUCAGGCUGAUGAUUGAUUACUGUCGAAUUGUGAGAGAAAAAUCUACGUUAUUGAGUGUUUUAAAAAACCUACAAAAUACCACGAAAAGAAUUGUAUCUCCCUCGGAUAAGCAAGCGAAAAUCGUAAAUUUAAGGAUUCAAAUCAAUACGUAUUAGUUGCGGGUGUGUCACUUCUAUAAAAAAAUGAUUUGAAAAAAAUAAAGAAUGCAAAAAAAUGA